CAUCACUAAAUACAUGCUAAUCGUCACUUCCUAACGCUUUCUAACCGUUUUCUAAAAUCAUAAAUAGUACACACUAUACACGGGACGGUAUCACGUGACAUCGUUAAGAGUGAGAGGAGAAAGAGAUCGAUUGAAAGCCUGUCCUCACUUGCUCAUGGGAUUUAUUGAUGAUGAAUUGCAAGAAGUAUCACAGCUCUGCCAUAAUGUCGUUGACGGAAGCCGCCUCGUCUCUUGUGUACCGAGCAUGGUCCGCGUCGAAAUAACAAAAACACCGUUUAAACAACUCGUUGUGUGCAUCCAAUUCCAAAAGGAUUAUCCUGCAUCGCCGUUGUUUGUUGAGUUAAAGAGUAAAACUCUGUCUGCGAAGCUGCUCGAUGGACUAACAGAAGUCUGCGAAAAAGAGUGCAAGCGUUUGUUGAAUAAAGCGCAGAUAUUGCCAAUUUUAAAAUUCAUCAGGAAUUUCAUUGAAGAGAAUCCUCUCAUCUGCUGCUAUGAGGAAAUAUCAAUAUUGAAAAAACUUUUAGGGGAUAAGGACGAGUUCAAGUUAAAGCAAAAGAAUUCUUCCAUCAAUCUAACACUGCAUCAAGAUUUGUAUCAUUUUAAGACCAAGCUUGAAGUGCCAGAUAAUUAUCCUACCAAUUGUGUUAUUUACAGUGAUGUUGAUACGAAUUUCCCACCACUGUUCAAUCGCUAUCUAGUUGGACAAGGAAGGGAAUUAGCAAGGAAAUGUGUCGAGCCACCACUGAGGAAACAACAAAACCCGUUUACACCAUCACCGUCAUUAAACACAGUUGUUUCCUUUCUCAUAAAGAGUGUGAAAGCUUUUCCGCAAGAAUCCUGUCAACACUGCAAAGUAAAGUGCUUGCCAACAGAUCCCAAAGAGAUUGUAAUCGACGAAAAUGCGGAUUUCCACGCCGAAAGACUUUAUUGUGGUCAUCUCUUCCACUUAAAAUGUCUCGUGACAUACAUGAAGACUCCGCCAUUCCAUGGGGGUAAGAAAUGUCCAAGUUGCGGUCAACGCGUUUAUCAUGACAAAUGGGGGUUAUCUGAUAGAUUAGCAGAAGCCCGUUGGGCUCAUCAAGAGGCACGAAUGAGAGAAUUGGCGGAAGUUGAAGAUUUUUUCAACUAAUAUACUCGCAUCUUGCAGACAUGUGAAAUAUGAGUUUCACGAUAAAACUUAAUGGAAGAAGGGUGUAAUUUUUUUCAAAAUUAUACAUCGCGAUUGCUUCCUUAAAAAUCGUAAUGAACGCGAUCAUCGCAUCACGACUUUUAUGUGUAUAUAUUAUACAUUUGUUCAACUGUUUUUGUCACAUUAAAAAUCUUUGAUAGUUCAGUAUCCCGAUUCUGUAGUUUCAGUAAAGUUGUAUUACCAUUAUCGCGCAAAUAUUAUACAUGGAAAAACAUGCACAGCAACAACAUAACGAUACCGAACUGUCAUUACAUUAAUUACAGAAUUAUGGUAUUUACAGAAUCGGAGUAUAGAGCAUAGCUGAUGAAAUAAUAAAAAAUAUCAAUUAAAAUGCAGAAUCAGAGUGUAGAGCACAGCUGAUCAAAUAAUAAAAAAUAUCAAUUAAAACGCAGCAAAUACGAAAACAUUUGUUUUUCAAUAAUGUAAUACCAUUAAAAAUCUAUAAAUAAA